AUGUAUCUCCCAGGUGUGGCUGAAUCUGGAACUCAAUCUUCUGAUUCUGAACCGGAAUCUGGCAAAUAUUCAAAUCUUGACAAUUUAGAGGAUCGCUCAUACUUAUGCAAUGAAAACUCUAAUAAAAUUCCCAACGAUGAAUCAGUCGUAAGAUCCAGUAUCCGCAGUCGACGCUGUCCGGAACAAUCGGGAAUUGUGAACGAUGAAGAGCUUGAUAAGGCUAUAAAAGAAGAUAACGGUUUUACUUUCCUAGAUAACUACAAUCCCAGAAACCAUGUAGAUCCUUGGGUUUCUGUCCAAGCCAUUCUGGCUAGUAGGCCGCUGAAGAGUGCCUUAUCAAUAGGUCGCUCUGGAUCUUUUUCGAAGGUUAAGGAGAGUCUAGAAAGCGACCGUCCUGCUUCUAAUCAAAAUAAAGAAGUAGAUCAGGGAACUGACGAGAAUGACUCGGAAAAUACGGUCAUAAAGGAUCCCAACGCCGCUAAGCGCGAUUCCCGCAAACGUGGUAGUAACGAUUUUGCCCUCACAAGGCGUGAGUAUUUUGUCAAGUAUGUUGAUCAGUCACAGUGGCAUAAUGCUUGGAUGCCAGGAAAACUAUUGCUUGCAUUACAUCCCAAUUUGAUCCGAACAUAUGCCCGUCUUCACGAAAAAGUUUUCAGUUCGAAUGGGCCCUCAGACUCAAUCACGUUUGCCUAUCCCGAAACAAAGAACCCGCAUCAGAACUCAGAUAUAGAGGAAAGUGAUGGAGCU